AGCGAUGUUAAUGCAGUCUGUGACCAAACGCGCCGCGGUGUUGGCGCCUCGACUCUUAUUUGAAUUUCGAACGCGACCGUUCAAUUACGAGAGUUUUUAUUUUAGUGAAAUAUUUAAUUUGUGAAUUCUUUAAAAUGGCGGUUGUGUGGUUUGCUGUGUUAUUGCUUUUUACAUGUCAAGAAGUUUUUGCAAGUUAUCGCGACUGCUCUAAUAUUGGAGAAAUAAGGAGCUGUGACGAAUGCAUCCGAUGUGGUGGACAUUGGUGCAAUGAUCCAAAUGAAUUCACAAGAUGUCACUUGGACCUCGCCGAUGACUGGUGUCAAGGCAUGAAAGAAAGUAUUCCCACAGACAACGAUAUGGCAGUAAGCGGCCAGUUUUUCGACCCAAAAUAUGCCGUGAACUCCGUCAGGUCUGGCAGAGAACACAACCUCGCAAUCAAGUACAGAUCCAGUGAAAGCGAUCCAAAGGUGGAAUAUGUCGUUAAUUCAACGCAAGGAUCUGACGUGUUCGUCACAAAGACCACAUCAUGCAAAGAUGGCUCUUGCACUACCACACUCGAUGUGUCCCCCGAAACAAACUUUUGUUCCAUCAAAGGCAGUACCCAUGAGUACUUUAAUGUGAAGCUGAAUAUCCAGAACGUCAGUGAAGAGGCUGUGAUGAAGUUUCAUGUUCCUUGUGCUUGUGCAUGCAGUUCUAAAGUCGAGUUGAUGGCGCCGAAAUGCAAUGGGAGGGGAAGCCUGUCCUGUGGAGUCUGUUCUUGUGAUAAGGGAUGGUCCGGUACAUUCUGUGAAACGCCAGUCUGCGAGAAGAAGCGUGGUGAUGUUCCCUGCACGGAUUCGGCGCGAAGUGAUGUCGAAUGUUCGGGGAACGGCGUCUGCGGUCCUUGCGACGAAUGUGUUUGCUUCACCGACCGACUUGGAUCUCAGUACUUCGAAAAGGACAACUUUUGCGCUGACAUCUGCAUGGCAACUAAUGACUGUGAUGAUUGCUUCCACAACCCGAUGCCUGGGAGAUGCGACUUCUGCCAUUUCCCCCUUAUAAAACAAAACCUUAAUGAAUCUCUACUGCAGCAGAAGGAUGAAUUCAAUAGAAAUGUAUGGAUAACGUGUAACGAUACGUUAGACGGUUGCCAUUUUGAGUACGUCGCGAUGAAAGCGAAUGAAGAGACGUAUUACAUGGUCACGAAGUCCUGUGACCCGAUUGAAGAGAAGCAGGUCACUGGAGGAGUGAAUGUCACACUGCCAAUAGUCCUAGGGAUUAUAGCAGUUGUGGCAGCAGUAGCGGCAACGGCCGGAUACCUCGUGUGGAAGAACAGGCCGCCAGCGUUGCCCCUCAAUGAUCCAAUGUACCAAAACAUUGGUGCCGAAGACUGCACGGGAGAAAAUCCUUUAUACAAACCACCGACGUCGUCUUUCAAGAAUCCAACCUAUGGAAAGUGGUAGUUUUGGUAAGUAACCUGGCUACACCUUAAGCCGAGAAUCUCAUUCCAGCGUGGACAGUUACGAGCUAUAAUGGAAAAAUUGCGAUCCAGUAUCCAUGCAGGUUAUAUAUAUUAAGUUCGUUAUCUCUGUGAUAUUUAAAAUGAUUAAGUAAUGUGUGACUCAUGUUUGAUUUUUAAUGUAAUAGGUUGACGCAUCGUGGCUUUACACUUGCGUAGAAAGGUAGUAUUUCCAUUAGUGAGCUCAUGAUUACUUAUAGUUUAAUAACUGGACGGAUAAACUAAAAAUACUCUUUGAAAUGACAAAGUGAUCUCAGGUACCGAGUUUUACUAUGAGGAUUUUUUUACUAAAUCCUGGUGCUUAUGUUAAUUCCCUUAUUAUAAAACUGUAAAACCCGUUUCGGGUGACAUUGUCUGAAAAACUCUUAAAUGAGUACUAAAUAUUUUUCUUGGGGGGCUGACGUGAUGUGAAGUAUGGGGGGUGACGUAAACGGGUUUUAUUGUUUUAUACAGAUUAUGUACGCGUAAGAUGGUUAAGAAUCGAUGCCACUGUCACGUUAACUGCCUAGUAUAUUAUUGAGUUAUUCGUCCUUUAUUUUUAGAUUAGUUAUGUUACCUAUAAUAUAGAUGUAUAUGCCUAAUGAUUGUCGAUUCAUAAGCUGCUAAAAAUUUCAUGAGAUAGAAACAUCAGUUCCAUUUCAAUGAUAAUCACUUCGCAUGAAUCAGUAUCGAGAAAGUAUGAAAGUGGGUUACUGUAGUGAAUUUUAAGGCUGUAUUCCUACGUGUGGGAUGAAUACCAACAACGGAACUUAUGACUAACGGCUUAUACGAACUCUGACACACGUAAGGUGUCGAAUUCUGAUUUAUCACGUUUGAAUUAUCGUUACCAAUUAAAUGCCUAUUAUUGAAAAUUAAUUGAUCGUUAAGAGUCCAAUUUUGAUCUUUAUCUUUUAAGAACUGUAUUAUUGUAAUAGAAAUUAUUUAAAAAAUUGUCUUACUACAUUUAAGCCUUUCUUAUUUCAUAUACACUGCUUUUUUAAUAACCAGCUCCAAUAAGGAAUAGUUUAUAUUGGUAUUAUAAAACUCUAUCUAGUAGUAGUAGAAAAAUAUAAACAAAUAUGUGUGGCGUAUAAUUCUAAGAUUUAAUACUAGAACUGAUGUUAAAGCUUACCAUAUUAUAAUGCAAAUUAUUAAACUAUUAUUUGUCUAAAUAAAUAAGAAUGUAGGCUAUGAUUGCAUUGUACUUGAUAGCUUUAAUGUAAAUAUAUUAUUAACCCUAAUUUAAAUAUUACUAACAAUCUCGUCUAAGUUAGUUUUAUUGAUGUACUCUUUGGAAAAUUCUUAAUAUAAUAACAUCACAUAAUUUUACUCGUCAUACGUUUCUCGUUAAAGAAUCUGGCCAAAAAGACUGUUCUGUAAUUUUUGUAUUUUUUGUAAGGUAGAUUUUAUACUUUUGCAAAUUUCGAAACGUAUGUAUCAACUAGUCAAUAAAACAUAAAGAAAC